CAAGGAAGAACAUACAUAAUCAUUUUUGCCAAUAGAGAGGGAGAUCUCUCUCUUCGCUCUUUGGUCGUCACUGGUCUUUGUUUCUCCUUCGAUUCUCUCCUUGGAGCUCGAGUCGAUUUCUUCUUUCUCAGAUCCACCAGAUUGUUUUGAAACUAAUUGCUCGAAGCUCAAGGAUGGAUACUACUAGAGAUGAUGAAUUCACAUUCUCAAAGGUUGCGUCACCAGAUAGUGAAGUUGUUCUCGAGGCGAAAGAACUUGCAUCAGAUGUGGGAAAUAUUACCCUUAAAGAUGGAUUAGAUCAACAAAGCAAUGGUCUUAUUUGGAAAGACAAGUCUCUUCCUCCUAAAGAAGAGACAGUAGGUUCUUUGUCUUUUACAGUGAUUGAUUCUUCUUCAUCUUCGAAAAAGCCGUCCAGUGAAUCAUCUGAGACUUUCAAAACUCCAGCUAGAAAGCCUAUAACUCGUACCAAAGUUCCCUUUGAAAAGGGUUAUAGCCAAAUGGAUUGGAUGAAACUUACACGAACACAUCCUGAUCUUGCAGGCUUGAAGGGAGAGUCAAACAGGAGGCUUAUUCCAAUGGAUGAAGUAAAGAAGCACAAAUCAGGAGAUUCAAUGUGGACUGUUUUGAAAGGUCGCGUGUACAACAUAACGCCUUAUAUGAAUUUUCAUCCUGGAGGUGUCGAUAUGCUAAUGAAAGCAGUUGGAAGAGACGGUACGCUAUUGUUCAACAAAUACCAUGCUUGGGUCAAUUUUGAUAUCUUACUUGAGAAAUGCCUUGUUGGUGUUUUGGAUGAUACGAAAGCGAAGAAGCAAGAAGCCUAAUCGCUAUUGCUAACAAACACGCUGAGAUGAUCAUAUAUAUUACUCGUGUAGAGGAAUUUACAAGUCAAUGAGAAUUUAAAUUGUGUUACCAUUCUGAUUCUUCAAAUGAAAACGCUGAUCACUAUAUGUACUGUGUACUAGACUUUUGAUGUCAAUAUAUUCAAAGCUUCCAGGGAA